UCCCAAGGAUAUUAUACAUAAUUCUAUCACACUUAGUUUCCAUUCCAAGCUAACAAAAAAGAACUCAAAAUACCUUUAGCUCUCCAAGAAUGGGAAGCUUAUCAUUUGAGAAGGAUUUUGAGCCAUCGGUUGUAACUCCCAGAGGUUUAAUAGCAAAUGGAGAUUUUGGAGAAAUGAAAAGACUAAAGGUGGCAACACCAACUACACCAAGGAAGAAUUUGAAUGUUGCAGUUACAGAGCCAGGGUCCAGAAAUGAUGGACCAAGUCUCGACUGUAUUUUGAUGAAUUAUAUUGACACACUUUCCCAACGUAUCAACUAUCAUAUAGGUUAUCCAGUGAAUAUAUGCUAUGAGCACUACGCUAGCUUAGCCCCACUUUUGCAAUUCCACUUAAAUAAUUGUGGUGAUCCAUUUCUUCAAAACACUGUGGAUUUCCAUUCAAAAGAUUUCGAAGUGGCUGUUUUGAAUUGGUUUGCAGACUUAUGGGAAAUUGAAAAAGAUCAAUAUUGGGGUUAUGUUACAAAUGGCGGCACUGAAGGAAAUCUCCAUGGCAUUUUGGUGGGGAGAGAAUUACUUCCAACUGGGAUAUUAUAUGCAUCGAAAGACUCUCAUUAUUCGGUCGCCAAAGCUGCAAUGAUGUACAGAAUGGAUUUUGAAAUGGUUAACACAUCUGUACAUGGAGAAAUGGAUUAUUCAGAUUUGAAAGCAAAAUUACUUCAAAAUAAGGGCAAACCAGCAAUAAUUAAUGUUACAAUUGGUACUACCUUCAAAGGAGCUGUUGAUGAUCUUGAUAUUAUUCUUCAAACACUUAAAGAUUGUGGUUAUACAUAUGAUCAAUUUUACAUUCACUGUGAUGCAGCACUCAAUGGGCUUAUUAUCCCUUUUAUUAAAAAUAUGAUUUCAUUCAAGAAACCAAUUGGAAGCGUCACAAUUUCUGGUCACAAGUUCUUGGGAUGUCCAAUGCCUUGUGGAAUUCAAAUAACAAGGAAAAGUUACAU